AUGGAGAAUCCUGCGAGGGUGGACCUGCCAGAGGACGACGCUGCUCGGUGUCAUCAAUACACCAGCCGCGAGGAGGAGCAGAACCAUCCCGCCCCGACCACCGAGGACAAGGUAGCAGGGAAAAGGCCACUGGCAGUGGAUCCGCCCCCUGCGGAGGCACUGCCGGCAGAGAGCAGCCAGACGCCGAAACGUCGUUGGCUCGUCAGGAUCACCGACGACGACGAGGAGGAGGAGGCGACGCCAUAUUUGGUUCGAAGGCCGCGUAGUCGUCUGGACGUUGUGCCAGCCACUGCUGGUCGGAUGACCAGCGACCCGCCUGGCCCACACGCCGAGCCGACGUGUGUUGGAGAGACAGGGGCAGCGGCGGCGGCUGGUAGGACGAGGAGAAGGUUCUUCACAGCAACGCACAGGCGUUCCGAUCUCGCGGCAUCGGACGUCGACCCUGACCACAUUGCUGGCCAGAGGACGGCUGAGCCCGUGGCUGUCGUUGGAGACGCCGUGCCACAGACCACCCAGGAGCAUGCCAAGGAGCAGCCCGCGACGACGACCGCGGCUGAAAGUGCCGAGGAGCAUCCGGCCCCGGCAAGGGCCAGAGCGGGCACCCCUACAAGGGACGGAGAGGCUGCGAGGACGCCUCCCCCAAGCAAUGCUGUGGAGGAGGAAGGUAGAGCUCCAACCCCCCCGCCAGCUGAAGAAGGGAGAGUCCCAACCCCGCCCCGAGCAGGCGCCUCUUCACCAGUAGGCUCCCCUUUCCUGGAUCAGGGUCCAGUGAUGCCUGCGACCACGGCCGGGGGGAGUGCGGAGGGCGAGGAAGCCCGGACGGCCUUCGACGAUGAAGUGGAGGAGAUCCAAGGGGACACGAAGAGUAUCCCGGCGCCGGCGCCGUUGAUGCUUAAGGAACCGUCGAAGAACAUCGACCAGUGGUCGGAGGUGUCGGAGACGGAGGGCUGA